AUGGUACCCGGUCCUCGACUCAAGGAUCCGCUUGCUGGCCUCUGUAUCCGCUUCAAGACGAUCAAGUCCAAAGUUGUUGUUGGUGCACAAGAAACAGCGCCCGGAAUCUUCAAACCAGCUGUUCUUAAGUAUGAUUCUCAUUCAGACAUAAUUAUAUGCCUUCACAUUCGUGACCAUGUCAUACAGCCUCUCACACACGCACUUCCUCGCUCUCAGCCUCUCACUACACGCACUUCCUCGCUCUUUAUUUCUCCCGGGGAAUCAAUUCAGUUCCAGGUUCUGCCCUUGAUGGUGGUCUUUGUGGUGGAAGAAUUAGAGCAAUGGGAGCUACGGUUCACCACGGUUUCUGUGCUCUUUCGUCGUCUCGCGCAGUUACUUAGGUCGACAUUCGCCUCGUUUGCGCGCUCGGCAGACCUUCCCGCCGCCUCCGCCCCCCCCACCCCCACCCCCGUCUCUCCCGCCGGGUUCCUGACGCAGCUCCGGUCGCAGCCGCCUGUCAGAGGUUCACAUCCUUUCCGUUCGUUGCAGAUCGACAUCGAGGGCGAGGCCCAGCCGAAAGACAAGGGCGGCUCGAAGGAUGACCUGCGCAGGAAUAACAAGGACUUGCUCAAGAAGAUCCCCGAGGGCGCCGAGGCCACGGCUGUGCUGGUGGGCGCCGUAGACUUCCUCAAGCAGCCUACCAUCGCCUUCGUCAGGCUGGCUGAGGGCGUCAUGAUGGACAACCUGGUGGAGGUGCCCAUCCCCGUGCGCUUCAUGUUCGUGCUGCUGGGCCCCUUCCACGGCGAGAUGGACUACCACGGUGGGCGCUCCAUCUCCACCCUCAUGUCCGACAAGGGCUUCCACGAGGUGGCCUACCGCGCCCACUCGCGCGGCCAGCUGCUCUCGGCCAUCAACGAGUUCCUGAACGCCUCCAUCGUGCUGCCGCCCUCCGACUGGAACAACAAGGACCUGGUGCCCAUCGACGACAUCCGCGCCAAGGCCAACCAGAUCAUGAAGAAGAAGGAGAGCCUCCGCUCCAAGCGCAAGCAGACGGAGACCGGUAAGGCGCCACCCCGGCUUCCCACGCCUCCCUCCCAGCGGCCGUGACCCGGCCUCCGCAGGCGAUGGCGACGGCGGAAGAAGAGGCCUCCUCCGAGGGAUCCUCUCAUCCGCACCGGGAAGCCCUUCUUCGGCGUCCUGCAGGACCUCAACCGCUACCCGCUCUACCUGUCCGACAUCAAGGACGGCCUCAGCGGGCAGGUGCUGGCGGCCGCCAUCUUCAUCUUCUUCGCGCUCUCCGCCGCCAUCACCUUCGGCGGCAUCUACGGCGACCGUAUGAACAACUACAUCGGCGUGGGCGAGACGCUGCUCAUGUCCUCCGUCAACGGCAUCAUCUUCGCCCUGUUCGCCGCCCAGCCGCUGCUCAGUGGCGCCACGGGCCCGCUCAUGAUCUUCGACAUGAGUCUGUACUCGUUCUGCCAGUCGUAUGAGAUCGACUUCCUGGCCACGCGAGUGUGGGUGGGAAUAUGGAUGACAGUGACCGCCGUCCUUGUCACCGCCUUCGAGGCCGUGGCCAUCGUCAAGAAGUUCACCCGCUUCACCGAGGAGAUCUUUUCGACGCUGGUGUGCCUCAUUUUCAUCUACGGCGCCUUCGAGAAGCUGGCCGAGAUCUUCGUCCAUCACCCGCUGCAGUCCAAGUAUGGCUUCAAGGACAUCAACGGCUCGGAAAUUGCAUCUGGCAUCAUCAUCAAUGGAUCCCUCUAUAACGCAACCAACAUGGAAGACGAGGACGUGACAGCCAUCGAACCAGCUCAGCCCAACACUGCUCUCCUCUCCAUGAUUCUGAUGAUCAGCACCUUCCUCAUUGCCUUCAAGCUCAAACAUUUCCGUAACUCCAAGUUCCUCGGCAGAAGUGUACGUCGUGCUCUUGGUGACUUUGGUGUGCCCAUCUCCAUUGUCCUCAUGGUCACCCUGGACUACCUCAUCCAUGACACCUACACCGACAAGCUCACCAUGCCCGAAGGUCUCAGCCCAUCCAACCCAGAAAUCAGAGGAUGGAUGAUCAACCCCAUGGGUGUCACCAAGGCACUGCCCAUCUGGGUCAUCUUCCUUGCUGCUCCUGCUUCCCUCCUCCUCUUCUGCCUCGUAUUCCUGGAAGAGAACAUCUGCCACCUUAUCUUGAGCAAGCCUGAGAAGAACAUGGUAAAGGGAACAGGUUUCCAUUGGGAUCUGAUCCUCUCCGGUUUCAUCAAUUUUGUGUCUGGGCUCUUUGGUGCUCCCUUCAUGGGCCCGGCCUGCGUGAGAACUGUGUCCCACACCUCUGCUCUGACCGUCAUGAGCUCAACCCAUGCCCCUGGAGAGUCUCCUAAGAUUGUGGGCGUUCUUGAGCAGCGAGUUAGUGCAGUCAUUGUGUCAGUCUUGGUGGGACUGUCAGUGUUCCUGACAGCAGCUCUUAACCUUGUACCAAAGUCUGUGCUGCUAGGUAUCUUCCUGUACAUGGGUAUCUCUGCCACAGCUGGUAUUCAGUUCCUCGAGCGCACAAUUCUUUUCCUCAUGCCAGUCAAGCACCAUCCUAAUGUAGCUUAUGUGAAGAAAGUGCGCACAUGGAAGAUGCAUGCUUACACCGGCAUCCAGCUCCUUAUGUUGGUAAUCCUAUGGAUUGUAAAGCAGUCUCCUGCUGCUCUCUGCUUCCCAUUCGUGCUCAUGUGCCUCAUUCCCAUUAGAUUGUACCUUCUUCCCUAUGCAUUCAGUGGAGUUGAGCUCAAUGCACUUGACGGAACUGAGGCCACAGCCACAGCAAACAACGAUGAUGAUGAGCCUGACUUCUUCGAGGAAGCUCACGAUUUGCCGACAUACAUUGACCAUCACCACCAGAACUGAAGGCCGCCCCCUCCCUUGCACAGAAGAUCGUCUCAGUUCUGCAGUAGAUCUGUUCAAAGGAAAGAAAAACAACACAAACUGGUUAUGUUUAAGUAGGCUUUUAUCUUUUAGAAAAGGAAGAAUUUGUUUUCUUUCUCAUUUUAAAUUUAAAUUUCUCCAUGUAGAUAUCCUCAAAAUUUUACUCUGCGUCUUUUAAAGUGGAUUUCUUAUUCCUGAAAACUGGAAAGUAAUUGGUGAAUUUAUCACUGGUACUUACAGGUAAUAAACAAUUGUUGAGGAUUUAGACAAACAGCCAUGAUUCAGUGUAAUUUUUAUGGCUUUUUAGUCAGUUGUCUAGGUUUUAUCAUCAUUAAUUGUUGAUGGAAUGACAAUAUAUAUCAAAGGAGGAUCUGAACAUGCUGUGCAUGAUGAAUUUAUUGUCCUCUCAUGAAGGAGAAAUAUCACUUAGGGAGAUUGAUUGUUUUGCUGCUUUCAGUACAAUAGUCAUCUCUUUUUUACACUUGUAGAGAAAAUUGGACUGAAGUUCAACAUGUAAUUAUUUCUAUCCAAGUAAUUCAAGUUUAUUUAACAGAAUUUUACUUUUAAAGCUUAUUAUUCUUAGCUGGAGUAUUUUAAGUCACUUAACCAGACCCAGUGAUGGAUCUGUUCACAGUUGUGAAGGAACAGUACAAGACUUUUAUCAUUCCACAAUAUGGUGCUGAAUAAACACAUAGGUGCUUUAGUAAAACAUCUUUUCUGUGAGGAAGAGGCUGUAAGCUGUUUAGAUGCUCCGUCCAUCAGUAUUUAAGGUGAAGAUAUUUUUUUUCCGAAUGAAAAGCAAUUUGCUCAAGUUAGUUGGUUUUGCAGAAAAAAUUAUAGGAUGUUCCAUUAAAGUUGAAAGGCAGAUUGUAUUAGAUAUUUAUGUGAUAUGAUUAUAUUUUUAUUAUUAUUAAUGAUAAUCUAGCAUAUGUAGGGUUUAUGCAAGUACAGUACUCUGAUCCUGUUGUAAGGCCCCAAACUGCAGCUGUUUAGUGAAUCCAUUUAGACACCAAAUAGCGACCAAGAGCACAGCCUAACUCUCCAUUGCUCUUACUUGUUCUUUUGUGUCUAGCAGAGGCAUUGGCUUGCAAAAAUUUUAUCUGCAGAAUCUGGUAUCCAGGGAGGCUGGGACUGUUGUGGGUCAUUUUAUUUAUCUUUUUUCUUCUUUUUUGAGACCUGACAUUCCUAUCUAUUAGUAAUAUAUCACUCAAGUGUUGGCUUCAAGACACCUAUAACUAUGUAAUUGUAGUUGUUAUUGUGUUGUGGACUGUAAAUGCAUUGCUAUUAGUUUAUCACAUUUCCAUGUGCCAAAUUGA